GCACUACAGGGUUUUUUUAGUAAAUAGUAGUGGGCAGUGCAUGCUAGUGUAGUAUAGUAGUACUAGUACUAGUAGUGGCAUAAAUCUUCAACCCUAUCCUGUUCAUCAUCUUGUUCUGACGGCAGGGACAUUAGUUUCCCUCCAUAAUGAAGGGUUUUGUCUCAAUUUGUUUGCUACUGUUGGCUUUGUCGUCGACCGUCAUCGCCAAGCCUCCGAGAAGGUAUGAUUUAGAACUUGAGGAUGCUACAAGUCAAACACCCACCGCCUGUGUAGACGACGAUGUCACCUGCGCCCUCUUGGAUGCAACCAAGUGGUUGCUACAGCAACAGGAGGAAGACUGGGGCUGGAACGGCGGCAUCAGCACCUCCUCUGUCGUCCUGGCGAUGCAGCUUGCCAAUGAGAGCUGGUAUCACGGGAAGGCACUCAAGACGCAGCUGGGGAUCAAGCAGCUCGAGAUUGAGCUGCUGGCUGAGCUUGGAAGAUCUGCAAAACUAAGCGGCUGCGGUACCAGCUCCCAGCGCCACAGCCGCCUGGCCAAGAUCUCGGUGGGCCGCCUGGCCUUGUACAUCCUGGCCCUGGAGUCCACCUGCCACGACACGCGGGAUUUCUACGGCAACGACCUGGUGGAGCUCCUGGAGCACAACAUGCGACGUUUCCCCCGGGAGGGGUUCAACAACCACUUCCAGUACUCGCUAGGGGUGCUGGCGCUGUGCCAGAGCGGUGACGGAUCAGUGAAGCUGAAACACAUUCGAGAGCUGCUGGCCGGGCAGAGGGAAGAUGGAUGCUACAGGUUUGACGGGGAAGUAGGUCCCGAUGUCGCAUCUCUGAGUGUGAUGGCCCUGUCCUGCGCCAAAGCCAGUGUGCCUGCUUCCUUCAGGUCUCGCUUUGUGCAAAAGUUCAACAACACGGUGUCCUGCAUCAGGAGCAAACAGCAAGAAGACGGCUCCUUUGGAAACGGUAUCAGCACAGCACUUGCAAGCCAGGCCCUGAAGGCGGCCAACAUCCCGCCAUCGUUGUGGCGUGCGGACGUGGCCCUGCAACGUGUCCUAGAGACCCAACAUGAGGACAGCCAUUUUGGUAACCUGGGAGCCACCGUGCAGAUCCUGCCUCUCCUUGCCAACCGUCACUAUGGCAGCGUCGAGGAUGUGAAGAUGGCAUGCAACAUCCAAGGAACAGAUUCUGACAAUUCUCAGUCUGGCGGUGCACCAUCCGUCCCAACCGAGCAGCCCGGCCCGCCCAUCACAAUCCAGAUAUUGAUUGAGAACGGCAUCGACACCGAAGAGCCGUCAGUGACGGUGUCAGCUACUGCCCCGGCCGGGUCCACGCUGUUCCAGUUCCUGCAGGAGGCCAUGGCAAGCUCAGAAGGCGCAUUCAGCUUUGAAUCCAAGAUGACUGACUUUGGCAACUCUAUGACUAGCUUCAACGGCUUGGCCAAUGACGGCGUCAACCAUAGAUACUGGAGCAUUCUGAUUGGUUCAGACAGGGAGUCUGCUUCAACAGGAACUGAUGGAAUCUUCCCUGAGGAUGGUGGUGAAUACAUCUUCUAUUAUAGAUCCUAUUAAACUGCCCACAGGACAAACUAAUCAUGUGCUGGUAUCAAAAUCAGCACUUUUAAUAAACUUAUUUGAUAUAUGGAUUUUUUAAUAGUACACCUUUUAUAUUAUAAAACAUGCUUAAUUUGUGUGAAUGCUUACUAUAUUGUAUUACUCUUUUAUACGGUGUGUUAAAUUUUCAGAUGGAUAAUUAUUCCAAUGAAAGUCGACCUUUGUAAUAAAAAAAUACAGGAGAGCAUUUUGGCAGUUGGAAUCCAGACUUUUUCUCAUUUUGGCAAAAUCUCAAAAAGGCAUUCCAUCCCUUCGCAGGCCAGAAAAAGAAGAACCUUUUGUUGGCGCGCAUGAAGAGAAAAAUGAAGAAAAAAAAAAUGUUGUCUUUCAACCAAAAGGAAAAUCCAUUGUGUGUAGUUUGAUUGUCACUCAUGAGAUUGACUUCUGAACCAUCUUAAACUCAAAAAUACUGUUGUAUCUUGUCUUAUGAUUCCAUCAUAUACCGCCAGAGGGAAGGGGGAAGUUGCCCCCUCCCCCCCCCCCCCCCCCACCCCCACCCACCCACCAACUAAUGACUUGCAACCUUUAAAUUCGUGUAGUGUGAUAUCCUGGUAUGAUAAGAUUUUUUAUGGGGGCUAUGUGGAUGGUUUCCGGGAAGAAUCAUCAUUUACUACUCAAA